AUGAUUGUUCUCCCAAAUACACCUCCCAUGCCAGUUCAAUUAAACGACCCAAGCCUGGCAUUACCCCAAAAUGUUUUAACGUUGCGAUCCUCCCUACAAGUGCCAAGUUUGUCCAAUUAUAAUGAAUCAAUUCGGUAUGUGAUAAACCUUGAGCAGUAUCUUGAUGCAGUCAUUGAGCUAGCUGAAUCGGUAGAUGCUUCAAAUGCAUUUAUAAGCACCAAUAUUCCCUGGUCAAGCGUGUCAAAGGGUGAAAUCAAGAUGAAGCUCUUCAAGGUGAAAUCAAACAAGCCCGUUGUCAACAAAUGGACCUUAUCUAAUGAGCUCUCCAUGACAUUGAUAUCGAUAGCUUUAAUAUAUAACAGAGUAGCAUCUGAUUUAGCAAAUGAGACAAUAAAUUUGGACCUAGAGCCCCCUGCAAAGCCAGAGGAUUAUAACGAAAACUGGAAACAAGUCAUGAGUUUAUAUAAAAAGUCAAUCUCAAUGAUGUUAUUUGCUGAACAGAUAGGGGGAGAUAAACCACAACUAAACGAAGGUGUGUUACAUGUCAAUGCAACCAUUUUUUCAUCCAUUAUGAAGGUUACGGAUUUAUCAAUACAAAUGUCGAUACUAUCCAAAUUUUUAUGGAUCAGCCGAUAUACGUUUGACCAAGAGGAAAUUGUCAGUGCAGGCAACAGUAUGACCUUGGCCAAGGUUGCGAUUUAUUGUAUGAAUGAGCUAGAUGUUAUUCAACGCCUACUCGAUGAUCUCAAUCUUUCUGUGGAAAAGAGCGUGAAAACAGGCCCUGGAGUAAUAAAUUUAGAUUAUUCUGAAUGGGACACGUACUUGCAGAUUAUCACAAAGUAUGUUAGUGCUUAUGCUGGAUUCUACCUAGCUGUACAGAGUUACCGAGAUAAUAAGUUUGGCAAUGCACUUGGAUUGAUCCAGUUUAGUUUGUUGUCGCUUCAGAGCAAAAAGGAUCUACCCACGUCAUCAUUUAUAAGUAGAAAAGUCACAUUGAAACAAUUUAGAGAUAAAUUAUCGCAACGAAAACAAGAAAACAUACUCCUGAACCUAAAUUCAGUUUCCACCUUGGACAUAAACAAGUCGGCAUUUAGUGGGAAAUCGGGGAUAAUUUUAAACGAUUUGUCGUAUCUAUUCGAUCAGUUGAUAAAGUUGAAUCUCAAAAUAUCUCUGGAAAACAACACCUUGUACUUUCAGGAACUAGUACAUUGGUCGGCGGUAAACAGUGACUCUAAAUGGCCAAUUGGGUGCAAGAUACCCGUGUCCCAAGUUGGUGCUUAUUCACCAAGACAAACGCAAGAAAAGCAAGACCUGAAUUACACUGGACGGGGGGAGUACUAUUAA